AUGGCGGCUUCCGUCUUCACGGGUGCCAUGAGAGCCGCUUCAGGAAUAUUACGGCCCCUGAAUGUUUUGGCAUCUUCAACCUAUUGGAACUAUGCCAAGAAUUCCUGUCUUAAGUCUGUACUGUCCACCAUUCAUUUUAGACAUAUUCAGACACCAGUUGUCUCCUCUGCUCCAAGACUUGUCACAUCUGUCAGAAGCCUGACACAUGGGCCGACUGCAGCAGUCCUUAAUAGAGUGGCCACACUGGUUCCCAGUGUCCUGAAGCCGCCAGUCAGAACUCUAACAUACUGCAGCAAACGGAAAGGCAAGAGGAAGACAGUGAAAUCGGUCGUGCAUCGGUUCCUGCGACUUCAUUCUGGCCUUUGGCUGAGGAGAAAGGCGGGCUAUAAGAAAAAAUUAUGGAAAAAGUCAACGGCAAGAAAGAAGCGCUUGAGGGAAUUUGUGUUCUGCAACAAGACCCAGAGUAAACUCCUAGAUAAAAUGACGACGUCUUUCUGGAAGAGGCGCAACUGGUACGCCGGUGAUCCUUACCAGAUGUACCACGAACGAACCUGCGGGUAUAGUUCAGAGCUUUCCUAG